AUGGCGCUCGAUCAACUCACGAUAUGUGUGAAGGAGCGGCUGAAUAAGGCUCGGGCAAGAUUGGGAGCAACACCAUCACCGAAGAAAGUCGUCAAGGGCAUGGGAGUGCAACAGCAGGUCUUCGGGACACGUUACAAGGAGAUGCGCUACGUCAACCACGAAUUCAAUGACGAGCAUCUGAAGAAGCAGAAGCGGAAAUGGUCGAGGACUGAGGCAGAACCUGGGACACGAGACGCCAAAGCACGCUUCCCCGACGAAGUGUUGCAAGCUCGACACAGGCCGGGCUGUCAUUGGAGCCUAAACAUCAACCUCACGGUGCCCUCCGUCGUCGCCUACCUCCACCGCCUCCUCCGAUUUCCUCCUAGACAAAGCUACGCGACUUCGCCGCUGCCGAAAAGAGGUGCAAGUGACCUACAAUAUCGAUCACGAUCAUUCAUACCAGGUCCAGACAACGUGCAUGACGGAGACAACGACCUGAUAGUGCAAUUCACCUACGAUAUCCAUCACGGUGACGAGAUCACGCCAGGCUCAGACGGCAUGGAUGAUGGAGUCGAUGGUCUCCUGAUUAUACAAGCUGUUGAAGAUGGGGAUGCAGAGAUAGAAGAGCAGAGUGACAAGUCCGAUUCCAAUGAACACCUUCCGCCACUGCUUCACCCGUCACCUCAGUCUGGGUUCCUGGUGUCGCGCCGUCCAUUGCCGUCCACACCAUCCAGCUUCCUGCAGGCUGUCCCUGCUGCCCGAGAUUGCCAGACUUCUGCAGCGUGUUUGCACACCAUUCAUCAUUAUUCAGCCAAUGCAGUUGCGAAUGUCCUCCCCUCAAAUACGAAGCUAUGCGUGAGUCGCAUACCCACCCCACGACCUGUACGCCAAUACCUCCUCGCUGUCCUCUACCACUCUUCUGCUGCGAGCAUGCCUUCUCCUAGCCUUGCACAUUCCCUCCCCUCUCUUUUGAAGAAUCACACGGCCUCAUUUCGCGAGAUACUGUUUCCAAAUUUCCACCUGUACAGCAAGCUUGUGUGCUCCAAUGCUGAAGAUCUGAUUCGUGUCACUGUGCGGCGUGUUCUUAACAUCACAUUCAUUGCAUUCACCGAACUUCGCGAGGAAGGAUUCGCCCGUCGCUUGGUUGUCACGAUUUCAGUGACAACUGACGAACUUCGGGGGAACGAGGACCGGUGGUUCCAUCGCACUUUCCACUCAUCGCCUCUAGACGUCCACUAUCUCCUUUUUCAUUUUGCAUUCUUCAUAUCAAAUCCAGCAGAACAUUGCUUAAUAUUGAGUAGCACUUGCGCCCUAGUCUGCGAGCGGUUGGCGAGUGAUAGCUUGGGCGGUAAGUACAAUCGUGCGCUGGCUGCUCUCUUAGGAGGUAGGUCCAUUCGCACGAGGCUCAAGCUACGCCUCGCGGAUGUUCGCCUAAAAGGAAAAGGGGCCACUGCGAGCGCUGAAGCUGUCUCCGGCCAGAAUCUGGUGCCUAUCGACAUCAAAGGAGCAUCCCCGCCUGCUCCGGCCUAUCAAGACAGCAGGCUAAACCUCGCUAAUCCGGGGAGUUUAAGAGGAAAGGAAGCCAUUACAGGCGCCUAA